AUGGGGUCCGUGGCGGCGUUCCCCGACGAGGUGUGGGAGUAUGUGUUCUCUUUCGUCACCGACGACGUGGAUCGGAACUCAAUCUCGCUGGUCUGCCGGGCAUGGCACCGGCUGGAUCGGCUCUCCCGUGCUAGUAUCUUCGUGGGAAACUGUUAUGCCGUCGAUCCCCGCAGGGCCAUUGAACGGUUCCCGGGGCUGCGGUGGGUGUCGCUCAAGGGGAAGCCGCAUUUCGCGGAUUUCAAUCUGGUUCCUGAUGAUUGGGGGGGCGGGGCCUUCGGAUGGAUCUCGGCCCUAGCGGAGGGCUGCCCCUUGCUGGAGGGUCUCCGAAUGAAGCGGAUGGUUGUCACGGAUGAAUGCUUGGAGCUGAUUGCUCGCUCGUUCCGCAACUUCAGAGCCCUAGACCUCAAUACCUGCGAGGGUUUCUCCACUGCCGGCCUUGCUGCCAUCGCUGCCAACUGCAGGUGUCUUUGUUUCCCUCCUUAGGACUUUUAUCUCUCCUUUUCACCAGAAUUUCGCUAUUUUUCUCCUGCACAUUCCGAUCGGAAAGCGGGAGGGUUGCAGUCGAUUUCUCUGUGUUGGCAUUCAUUACACAUUGGACGACAUUCAGGAUCAAUCGCUGUUCCUCUUUCUUUUUCCUGGAUGGGGGCUGUUGAUUUACCUGUGUUUCUAUUCGUUCUACUUUCGACAACUUACUAAUUUCACUGAAAGCCAUCUUGUCCUUGGCUCAUUGUUCCAUAGAAGCCAAUGAUUAUUGUGCAACAGAUGUACUAUUCUCGAACACUAGUGAGAUUGGUGACGAGUCUCUCCUGUUGUACGAGGAAUCUGGAAGCAGUAUCUCUACUGUCCGAGUGAGGACUUCAAUGAUAAGAUGCUCUUUGGAUGGUAGACAACCAAAUGUAUCUUCCGAUAUUUUCUUUUUGUUGGUCAUCAGACUGUGAUUCUAUCCUUCGCUGAACCUUGGAUCUACCAUAACCUCAUUUUGUGGCUGUGGGGGGGUAUUAGGCUCUAGGUUUGGAUGCUAACUCCUGUAACAUGAAAGUUUUUUUAUCUCACUUUCUGUGAAACUUGGUUUGAAAAAGAUGGAAAAUAGAGCUGUUCAGAAAGACGCAUUUGGAAGUUUCAAAAACCUUUUUGUUUAUAAAGUUUUUUUUUACACGGUUAGAAGCUCACUUUCUGUGAAACUUGGUUUGAAAGAAAUGGAAAAUAGAGCUGUUCAGAUAAACGCAUUUGGAAGUUUCAAAAAUCUUUUUGUUUAUAUGUGUGGAAUCUGUGGGUCAUCCUGGUGGUAGAUUAUUAUUUUUGCUUUAUAAAGCGAGUAAAUUAUUUGUGGAGCUGAUCUUCACACCCAGAUGCAAUUUUGCGUCUACUUCGGUACCUAUUUCAAGUUCUUGUGCCAUGGCAGUUUUGUUUUCAGCUUUAGGAGCAUUGAUUGCCCUACAUUAGCAGAUCCACCCUAUCUGGGAGAAUUGGAUAUAAAGUAAAAACAUAUGCUGCACAUUAGCCCUAAGCAACUUGGUUACUGUUUUAGAUCUCCAAAUGCUCCAGUUGACAGAGAAAUGAAGAUUUGCUGAUCUUCUGAUAAAAAAAGAAAAAAGAAAAGAAGAGGCAAGUUCGAACUUCAGGUCAAUCUUUUAGGAGCCAAAGGCUCUGUUCUUUGACAAAUAGACCAGAUACGAACUGAGAAGAAGAGAAAGUCAAUAAAGGCCCAAAGAACAAGAUAAGGGCAGUCACUAGUCUCAGAAAUGACUUAGCUUUUCAUUCAUCUGGCCAAACUCCUCUGUAGUUCGGUUUCCACUAUUAGAUCAUUAUUCUUCUCCUUUUCUCUUUCUGAUCAUCAUGUGUGAGAUGCUGCUAUCAGCCCCCAGAACUUCGUUCUAAGACUGUCUGAACCAUCUUGAAAACAGAUAUAUUGUGGGUGGGUUGAAAAGGGUUCUCAAAAUAGUUGAUAUCUAUUCGUUUCAUAUAUAUAUAUAUUUUUAAAACCCUUACAGAUUUAUUUAUUUUUACUUACUUGUGAUCAUUCUGCAUCCUCUGCUAACAUUACUGCUCCCCCUGGUUCCCAAUUCAGGCACCUGCGGGAGCUCAACCUACAGGAGAAUAACGUGGAGGACUGGAGCGGGCACUGGCUCAGCCACUUUCCGGAGUCCUCCACCUCUCUGGUCUCGCUCAGCAUCGCCUGCCUGGAGGGUCCAGUUAACCUGUCCGUGCUGGAGCGCCUCUUGAGCCGGAACCCUAAUCUUCAGACUCUGAGGCUCAACCAGGCAGUGCCCCUCGAGAGGCUCGCCAGCAUCCUCCACCUGGCCCCCCGACUCACUGACCUCGGUACAGGCAGGUUCCUGGUGGACCCCCAUGCCGAUGCCUCCUUCAAGCUCGAGUCGGCCUUCGCCAGCUGCAGAGGCCUGAAGAUCCUCUCGGGGAAUUGGGACCGGGUCCCCCCCUACCUCACCGCCAUACACUCCAUCUGCGACCGCCUCACGAGCCUCAAUCUGAGCUACGCUACUCUGCAGAGCGCAGAUCUCAUCAAGCUCGUCAGCCACUCAACGCAUCUCCAACAACUAUGGGUAUGGCUCUCUCUGCUUCAGGUAGAUGAAUAUCCGAUUUGAAAUGGCGCUGAUCUGAUGGGGAAGGUGGCCUCGGCAGGUGAUGGAUCUCAUUGAAGAUGACGGGCUGGAGGCAGUCGCCUCGUCCUGCAAGCAGCUGGAGGACCUGCGCGUCUUCCCUUCCGACCCGUAUGGCCAGGCGCCGCCGGUCGCCCUCACGGAGAGGGGGCUCGUGGCGGUCUCUGCGGGCUGCCCGCGGCUGCAGUCGGUGCUCUACUUCUGCCGGCAGAUGACCAACGCAGCGCUGGCGGCCAUCGCAUGCAACCGGCCAAACCUGGUGCGCUUCAGGCUGUGCAUCAUGGAGCCGAGGGUGCCCGAUUACGUCACCCUGCAGCCGCUGGACGCCGGAUUCGGCGCCGUCGUGGCAGCCUGCCAUGGCCUGCGGCGGCUCUCGGUGUCGGGCCUGCUUACUGACAAGUUCUUCGAGGCAAUUGAUGGCGCCGCCCAACAGCUGGAGAUGCUCUCAGUGGCAUUUGCCGGUGAGAGCGAUGCAGGGCUGCACCAUGUGCUCUCCGGCUGCCCACGGCUGAGGAAGCUGGAGAUCAGGGACUGCCCAUUUGGAGACAAGGCACUGCUGGACAAUGCUGCCAAGCUGGAGACAAUGCGAUCCCUUUGGAUGUCCUCGUGCUCGGUGACCCUUGGCGCCUGCAGGGCCCUGGCGCGCAAGAUGCCGCAGCUCAGUGUGGAGGUCAUUGAGGAGACGCGGCCCGGAUCGCCGGACUCCUGGCCUGACGACACCAUCGUCGAGAAGCUCUACAUUUACAGGACCCUCGCUGGCCCCCGGCGUGAUGCCCCUGACUUUGUCUGGAUUCUCUAA